AUUCAAGAUAUCGAUACUUCUGUCAGUAUUGACUAUUCGUAUUUAAGCUGCAGUGUUUACGAAGAAGCAAAGAGGAUAAUGGAGCGACUGCAUGGAGCUGUCACCAAUUCCACCGAGAAAAUUAAUAUCAAGCAAUACUUCGAGGAUUUCAGCAAGCUAUUGACACCUGUGGAGUACGGGAACUUGAACGAGAUCUUCUUCGAAAAGAAACAGCUCGGAUUGCUGAAGGAAACCUGCAGUAUAGAUCACUUAGGCUUCGCAGGAGAGCCAGUGCCCUCGAAGAGCGAGAAGGAUGCUGCUGAGAAAGCUGCCAACAUUCCAGAGGACACGGAACUGGAGACUCUCCGGGAGUUGAUGAAAAAAUACAAAAGCCGGGAGGGGAAGAAGAACGAGGGCUAUAUUAAAUAUCAGCGGGAAAUACCAAUUAGGUAUGAAACAUCAGAUAAAAUUAAAGAGGGAGCAGUACCAGGGCAGGAUAUUUUCGUAUCCAUUCGGGUUUAUAAGCCCUACUCAUCUGAUUCUUCUUGCGAGGCAAAGCUCAGAUUAUCUUCGUUAAUUGUGAUGUUGGGGAAUCAGACAUUGGACAAAUUACGAGAUAAAAUUAAUUGUAUCUCGGAUCUUACGAUUGCUGAGGAGAUCAGUGAAGAUCCUCGUGGCGGGGACAGAGGAGUUGCCAACAGGGACAUUUACAAGUCGGGAUUCUUUUUCAUUGAAGAAAUAUUCUACAAUGACAUGAGGAACGAGACGAACAUGGAUAACAGUGCUGUGAUAAGAAAGUGGGCGGAAGCCAAGGGGAUGGGGAAAUUCGGAAUAGCGAGGAUGGAGGACACACGAGUGGACUCACUCGCCGUGAGGUUUGGAUAUCCCUGGGUCUAUCAACACCAGGGCACCUGUGAGCAUCUGAUUGUCUUCAGUGAUGCCAGAUUGGUACAUCCAGAUGAUGAUCUUGAUAUUUCCCACUACCCUAAGAUUGAACGAGUGAAACCCACGAGGUUUCACCUCUGCAUGCUCUGCAAUGCUCGCCCAGUCCACUGGAUAGUGACGGAGAGUGACCGAGUGCCUCACGACCCCUGCUACUUCUGUGAACAAUGUUUCAUGUCAUUCAAUUACAUCGAUGGAAGGAAACUGGGGACUUUCAAGGCGUAUCGGUACCCCUACGACCCGGUAAUCUCCAAGAGUUGCGUUGAAGAGUCUACACAGAAGGAGGAAGAUUCAGAUUCACAAUAAUUAUAAUAAAUUUCCGGUAAAAAAUGUGAAAACUCAAUUUUUAUCGACGAAUUUUCAAAUUUUAAUUUUUCGGUUGAUUCUGGCAUUCAGUACUAUUGGCCGAUUUUCAAUGAAUAUCUCGGAAUCUGAGGGAGGUAGCAAAGUUUUUGUCAUAAACUUUUUUAUAGAGAAAAUUGAGUGCUACAAAAAAGGUCUUCACGAAAAAUUCGUUAUCUCCUCGAGAUUCGGAGAUAUUCCUCGAAAACUCAACUACGAGCAGACUCAACUAUUUUGUAUGCCCCGAAUCCAAUUAGAAAAGAAUUACACUUAUCGAAAAAUUGAACGAGUGUAAUACUAACUCGGUAGAUCCUUUCGUUUUUGGAAGCGAUAAAACUAAAAAAACUCAAAAUAUGAGACCUGUUCUUGAAAAACUGCAGUAUUAUGAUUUAAUAUUACAAAAUAAUUUAUACAGCGUUAACGAUGAACAAAAAUGUAAAUACCAUAGUCUAAGACAUCCCCACCGACAGUGUAAAUAACUCAUAUGUAAGAUUUCUAAACAUUAAAUGAAUAAGAAUGAAAAUAAAUAAAUUAAAAAAAU